AUGUAUAUCCCACUUCAAGCCCGCCGCGAGCCACACCUCCUGGCCCGCGAUGCGGGAUCAUGGGCUUCACCAGCCCCGGGCCCGUGGGCAGCACUGAUGCAGCAUCUCGCAACUGUUCCGGAAACUCUCAAGCGCAGACAGGUCUCCAUCUCGGCGAACAACGACAACACGAACAGGACAGUGGGCAUCGUGCUAGGCGUGCUCCUCGGAGUUUUCGUCAUCGGCGUCUGCGUCUUCCUCUACGUCUAUCGAGACGCCCUGCGGAAAGCUCGCCAUCGCCGCCGCCGUCGCCGCCGUCACCAUCGACGACCGGGCUCCAAAAGCUCCAAGUCAUCCUCCGAAGGGGCGCCGCCGCCGCCUCCUCCUGCACCUCCUGCCGAUGCUGCUCCUGCUCCUGCUGCCGCUUGA